CUGAACCCGACAGCAUGGGAAUGGGAAACGGGUAAGAGGAAUUUAAUGCCCCCCCUCUGGUUUUCUCCAUUUGUUUUUUCCUUCCCAGGUUGCUCCAAUGGGAGUCUUUGGAUGCCUCCUCUUACAGCUCCUCCUACGGACUGGGCCAAUGACGCGCAGGGGGCGGUGACUGCCGCUGGGGCCUGCGGAGACCGCCUGCCCGGCUCGCCGGAGCUCGCCGGCUGCUCGCCAGCCCGCGGGAGAGAAGAGAGAAUUCGAAUGCUUCCGUGGUUGUCUCCUCCGUAUUCUGGUCUCCAGUUGCCCCGCUGCGGCUGGUGUGCCUAACACAGACACAUCGUUACUUUUUAAUUCUCCCAAAGAAUCAGAAUAGCCUUCAAGCUGGCGGGAGCAAUGGUUCACAUAAAGAAAGGCGAGCUGACCCAGGAGGAAAAGGAGCUGCUGGAAGUCAUCGGAAAAGGUACUAUUCAAGAAGCUGGAACACUAUUAGGCAGCAAGAAUGUUCGUGUCAACUGUUUGGAUGAGCAUCUUAGCUGNUAUAAAGGAAAACUUGAUAUGUGCAAAUUACUUCUGCGACAUGGAGCUGAUGUAAAUUGUCAUCAACACGAGCAUGGAUACACAGCCCUCAUGUUUGCUGCACUUUCUGGUAAUAAAGACAUCACGUGGGUAAUGUUGGAAGCUGGCGCCGAGACCGAUGUUGUCAACUCUGUGGGAAGAACAGCAGCUCAGAUGGCAGCCUUUGUGGGUCAACAUGACUGUGUGACUGUAAUCAACAAUUUCUUUCCUCGAGAGAGGCUGGAUUAUUACACGAAACCCCAGGGCCUGGAUAAAGAGCCGAAGCUGCCCCCGAAGCUGGCAGGCCCGCUGCACAAAAUUAUCACCACAACAAAUCUUCACCCUGUCAAGAUCGUGAUGCUUGUAAAUGAGAAUCCUCUGCUGGCAGAAGCAGCAGCUCUGAGUAAAUGCUACAAGGUGAUGGACUUGAUUUGUGAGAAAUGUAUGAAGCAGAGAGACAUGAAUGAAGUGUUGGCGAUGAAAAUGCAUUACCUCAGCUGCGUCUUUCAGAAAUGUAUUAACUUCUUAAAAGACGGAGAGAAUAAGCUGGACACUCUGAUCAAAAGCUUGUUAAAAGGCCGACCCUCUGAUGGCUUUCCGGUGUAUCAAGAGAAGGUCAUUCGAGAAAGUAUCCGAAAAUUCCCUUACUGUGAAGCUACACUCCUGCAGCAGCUGGUGCGAAGCAUUGCUCCUGUUGAAAUUGGUUCUGAUCCCACGGCAUUCUCUGUCCUUACCCAAGCCAUCACUGGUCAGGUGGGUUUCGUCGACGUUGAAUUUUGCACCACCUGCGGCGAAAAGGGAGCAAGCAAAAGAUGCUCGGUGUGCAAAAUGGUAAUAUACUGUGAUCAGACCUGCCAGAAAACGCACUGGUUUGCACAUAAGAAAAUCUGUAAGCAUCUCAAGGACACUUAUGAGAAACAACAGGUUGAGACUGCCAAAGGGAAGAGCGAAGAGGAGAAUAACGGCAAACUCGACGUCAAUUCUAAUUGUGUUAAUGAAGAGCAGCCGGCGUCUGAAACGGCAGCCUCCCAAGCAGGCUGCAAGCCUAAGGAUUCUGUGGAAGAGGAAGGAGCAUCUCUGCAGUGUGAUGCUGGGCUGGAGGGCGCACAGGAAGCUCCUGCAGGUCCCCAGGUGUCUGAGGAGUAAAAGAACAAGGGCCGGCAUACCGUGGAUGCGCCGCGCCACGCCCGGCAGGGAGCCGGAGAGCUCAUGUGACUGUAUCCAUCCUCCUUGCC